AAGCAGUCAGCGGGGCAGCAAGGCAUCAGUCGCCGAGUAUUCUCUCAACCUUCACCACUGCACCACUCACAAAUCAAUCACCAUGAAAUUCUUGCUGAUUGCUGCUCUGGCGAUGAGUGCGGUGUUCGCGGACAACGUUAAGAAGACCGAGAAGCGCGGUCUGUCCGGUCUCGGCUACGGGUACCGCGGUCUCGGCUACGGGGACUACGGCUACGGCGGGAACCUCCUCGGCUAUUACAGCAAGCCCCUCUACGGCGGCUACUACAAUGGUUACGACGGAGUAGGCAGCGGUCUGGUCGGGUACUCCGGUUAUGGCGGAAAUAUCGGUUACGGUUACUACGGCAGUGGACCUUACAAAUAUGGAUACAAUGGAUACGGAGGUCACAGUGGAUACGGCGGAUACGGUGGAUAUGGUGGAUACGGCGGAUACGGCGGUCUCGGCGGAUACGGUGGGCUCGGAUACUACUAAUAAAUUAAACAAUUAAUUAACUUUUCAUGACUUGUGUUCAAUGUAAAUUUUAAACUAAGGAGAUUUAAGGAGCUGCCACACCUGUAUAUAAAUGUUAGAACUUUAUAACCUCUUCUUUAGUUGUAAUUGAUGUACGAAUUUGUUGACAUUUUGUAAAUACAUAAUAAAAUAUACAUUUUAAA